AGCUGAAAACAUACGAUCCAAGAACGUUCAAAAAGCACCAAGUCAACAUGCGUAUUCUGCUCGUCCUCUCCAUUGUGCUGGCCGUGAUCCUCGGCUGCCACGCCUACAGUGCCACCUGGGGGCGUAGGAACAGCAACGACUACCUCCUAUCCCGCACCACUGAGGCCCGCAAUCCGGUGAAGAACAACUACUGGAACUUGAACGUCAACUAUCCCAACGGAUUCUACAACAUCUCGGCCGUGGUCGUCUACGACAACUUCAAGAACAACUCUGGGGCAAGUCCGAGUCUUUAUUCCGGCGGACCGGGAUACCGCUACGCCACCGUUAACCUCCGCAGCGCGGUCAACAAGGGUCUCAACUCCACCGUCGAGAUCUGGGGACGCUAAGUGACCCAUCGAAUCUAUCAGAAUACAACCGAAUAAAGCCCAAUGGAAAAUUAAUUAAAAUCGCAAAA